AUGAAGGAGGAGGCAGGACGACUACACAGAGAACUCCACCGUCGACGGAGCGCCGUGGCCAAAGGUGCCGAGGAGCUGUCGAGGUUGAAGCUGCUCGUGGGUCUCGGCUGCGAACGACGCCGCUGUCACCGUUGCGACCUGGCGAUUUGCUCCUUGCGUCGCCUUCUGAAAGCCAUCGGCGAGGUGUGCGUGGCGACAGCAGAGCCGACUGAAGGAUCGUACCAGCCCCUUCUCGAAAUCGCCGAGGUGGGGACGUGUGAAGAAGCCAGGCGAAAGUUGAAAGUUCUCAUGCUGAGUCACUGGAAGCCUAAACCUUGCCUGAUACACGAAAUGCGAAUUUGCGACAGUCACCUGGGAGAGAGAGGUCGACUGCUAUGCUGUCAUGUCCAAGCGAGUCGUGUCUCUACUCGUAGAUGUUUUGGCUGA